AUGCUGAAAACGCCUGUGUUUCGACGGUCAAUCCGCACCGCUAGCGGAUGGGCCAAGUCUAAAACGGAGCCGAUGAAGUAUUCGACAUACGCUUUCUACCUCGAUAGAAUAGGUACCGACCUGGGGUCAGAGGAGAAAUGGACGUCGUAUUGCUUUCGGCACGGCCACGCAAAUGCACAGGUCACUGGGUGCCCGCAAAAUGCAUACCAAAACAGUCGGGAAGGAUUUAAUACGCACGACGCAUUCCUUGAAAGAGACCCAUCUGCCGACGGUCCGACUCGAGCCUUCACACAUGUGAGCAUCAAAUGCAAUCCUGAAGUACCAAAGCAGAUCCCCAAAGCGGAGUUGGCCAAGCUACCUCCUGAUCCCGAAGUCGCCCGUCUUGCGAAACAGGUUGAGGCAAUGGCACGUCGCAUGAGGCAAGACUACGGAUUCAUCAAGGCUGCCCCCGAGACGGUCAGGGAAGAGUAUCAACAACUGCGGAAAGACCUCAGAAGCACUGAAAAGGCUUUUCGGGAUGACAUGACGAAGGUUUACCAAGAGGAGUGUCGUCGGCGCCUCCAUCACGAGGAGUUGCAGAGACGGUUAAGCGAGAUGACAGUAGAUCCCGAACUUGAUGAAAGAGCCAAGCUCGAGCCAAGUGUGCAGCAUCAACUAGAGGAGCGAACAAAACUACAAGCUGUCCUGAGUGACUUUAGACAAGAUUUAGAUACAAAAGCCACCACAGAUCGCAAGAUCCGAGCCGUUGAGCUGAUGGUUCUUCUAGCGUCUCGCAGAGAGGUCCGUAGGCCCACCCCAUCCACAUCCAACUCGCUGUCCCAAGGCAGCAUUCGUCCAGGCUUUCCCGACAUCACGCCUGCAGUUCCUAAUGUCAAAGUUGAGGAGGUACCCCUUGUACUGGGCGAAACGCAGUGCAUAUAUUGUGUCGGCGAAGAGAAACUCCCGUAUAGCAGGCGCAUACGCUCAUUCGGGCGCAAGUCUCACAUGUGGGAUCACGUAGAGAAUUUGCAUCUCAGGUACGAGCGCAAGGUCGGGCCUUUUACUUGCCCCCACCCGCGCUGA